UGACUGCAAAUCAAUGAAGCCAGUCAAACAAACGGGGCUGGGCGGUUGAAGUUGGGACAAUUUACGGAGGUUUCCGUUGCCGGAUAGUCGUCGAAAUUAAGGAUAUGUACGCAGCUACUAUGUAUAGUGUUAUGUUUUCUAGUCGCUUUGCGGAGUAAGGAGGUUAUUCAUGUCAAAUAAUCUUCAACUUUAUCCGAGGAGUUUGGUGUAUUUAGCUUGAUUUUUUUUUUUUUUUUAGUAGCUUAACUGACAGAAGAAAAAAAAAAAACUGCCCUCCCUGACUCGAACUGAGGAUGAUAUUUGCCAAUACUGGAAACCCACUUAGGACUCCGUAUCGCAAACAGCCACUUGUUGCUCUAUCGUCACACCCCAUGGCUCCACCCAGCCCAAGCACUAACAGCAGCACCAACAACAGCAGCAGCAGCAGCAGCAGCACUGCAGGCUGGGACCAGCUCAGCAAAACCAACCUAUACAUCCGAGGCCUGUCCCCUUCAACCACAGACCAUGACCUGGUCAAGCUCUGUCAGCCGUAUGGCAAAAUUGUAUCAACGAAAGCCAUCCUGGACAAGACCACAAACAAAUGUAAAGGAUAUGGCUUUGUGGACUUUGACAGCCCUGCUGCAGCUCAGAAAGCUGUGGCUGCCCUGAAGACCACUGGUGUCCAGGCUCAGAUGGCCAAGCAACAAGAACAAGACCCGACAAACUUGUACAUCUCCAACCUGCCUUUGUCGAUGGAUGAGCAAGAGCUGGAGAACAUGUUAAAGCACUUUGGCCAGGUCAUAUCCACGCGCAUCUUGAGGGACUCCAGCGGAGGCAGCAGAGGAGUGGGCUUUGCGAGGAUGGAGUCGACCGAAAAGUGUGACGCUGUCAUUUCCCACUUCAACGGAAAGUUUAUUAAGACACCUGCAGGUGUUCCAGCACCACCUCAACCCUUGCUGUGCAAGUUUGCUGACGGUGGGCAGAAAAAGAGACAAAGUCAGAAUAAAUUUGCCCAGAAUGGUCGAGGCUGGGGAAGGGACGGUGACUCCAGACUGGCUGGAAUGACGCUCACAUAUGACCCCAGUGCAGCUGCUAUGCAAAACGGAUUUUUCCCACCAGCAUACAGUAUUUCAAACAGGAUGAUUGCUCAAACGUCUAUGUCUCCAUACAUGUCUCCGGUUUCAACAUACCAGGUGCAGAACCCAUCCUGGGUGCCUCAUCAACCCUACAUAAUGCAGCACCCAGGGACAGUGAUAUCGCCCUCUAUGGACCCAUCUAUGUCACUACAGCCUACAUCUAUGAUGGCCCCGCUUUCACAGCAGAUGAGUCACCUCUCUCUGGGCAGUGCAGGAACGUUUAUGGCUGCCAACACAGCUAUGCAAGGAGCAUAUAUCCCACAAUAUGCACACAUGCAGACACAAACCGUGGAGGAAAAUGGUGCACAUUCACAAGUGGACUCAUCCGGCAAUCAUUCCCCAUAUUCUUUCCAACAAACCAAGUAGUGCUGAGGUAACGUUCGGACAACAGCUAAAGCAAUCCUGUCUACACAAAUGCAAUGGAUGCUAAGGAUCUUUUCACUGUUUUGCACAGGUUCUGCAAAUGUUUAAGUGAGACUAUUUUUGGUAUCAUUUUCAGAGAGAAUAUCUUGAGUUCAUCAGAUUCUAUUUAAAAAAAAAGAAAGUUUUGAAAAAGUUUUAUUUUCAUACUAGAAAACGUUUAUUUUUUACAGAGGAUUGCCACAGGAUGCAAGAAAGAAUCAUGUAACUAGUCGUUCAAAGUGCAUGAUAGUAAAUGAGUCUUUUGUUAAUAUUUCCAGAUUUCUUUUUCUGAGUCUUUUUUUUUUUUUCCUUCAGCCGGACAAUUUGCAAACGAUGUUUUUGUGCUUGCUGUGUGAGUGUUGCUAUGGUGAAGUGUUAAGUGUUGUUUUUCUUGUAAAGUGAUUUCUCUUAGUACCUUAGAUUGAUCUUGCUGUCGGAUUCAAGUUUUGCCUUCAUAGUUUCGAUACAGAAGUUGUAUAGACCACCCACCACAGAGAAGGGCAAUAAGCGCUAUUGCCUUGGAAAUGAGCUAUGUAGGGGUUUUUUUUCUUUUUAAGAAAAAAAAUCUAUGUGUUAUUGUUUUUCCCCUUCAAAAAAACUGAUAAAAAAGUAGAAGAGAAAAUGUUUUUGAAUGACUUCACAUCUGAUGAUUUUACUGGAUGUUAUAUUUAUUUAGUAAGAAGGCCCUACAUGUUUCUGGAUGUUGGAAUAUGUUAGAAAUUCUGCUGAAAGUUCACCUGUUGAAUCUCGCCUUUUUUUGAUUACUAUUGUAGAAUAGCCUAAACCGAACUUGGUGGGGUCGGGGAACAAGACGGGGCAAAUGUGUUUUGUUUGUUGUUUGUGUUUUUGUCGGGUUUUUUUUGGGUGAUGUUCAUUGUUUUUUUGAUGGGGUGUGUCUUUUUCACUUUUAUUUGCAAAAAAAAAAGAAAAAAAAGAAGAAAAAAAAAUUAACCAGAAAACACAAGACUCAUGAUUGUGCAAAAAAGGAAAAAAAAAACCUCAUCAAAGCCUUGUGACGGAACUUACGCAAAAGUUCAGUUGGAGUUGGAGGUUAAAAUGAUGAGUAUGUGUAUUUUAUUGCACCUCGCUCUCGGAUAAGAAACAAACAAACUGGGCACUUUGUGUUGUGGUUUACUUCACCAAAGAUUGUGAGCUAGUACACUGAGGAAAUAGCAUCAUUUGUCUCUUUAACCAGGGCAGAAGUGACUCUGCAAACCAGAUUGCAGUUUUUUGGACAGUGUGCCUUUUUUUCUAUAUUUACAUUCAGUUGUCAUCAGUAGAUAUUAGUACAGUACGGACACAUUAAAGCAUAAAGGAAGGCCUGGAUCCAACAAGUGCCACAGAUGAAUUCCAUACUUAAAAUACAAAAUAUUUUAGUAAAGAUUGAGUCUAAAUUAAAUUUAAAAAAAAAGAAGAAAACUAUGAAAGGACAGUACUAAUUUGUUUUUUGAUUAUAGUGGAUUACAGCAGGCUUUUUGAUUAUGGUGUCCUCGUAUAAGCAUGUGAUUCGACCUGGUGGUCAGUCAGACCAGUUAUCUACCUCAGAGUUUUCUUUCUCCUCUGUACUAGGUCGGGUUAGCAGGUCCAGCCCGCCCUUCCAGACCAAGUGCCACGCUCAGGAGCUGGCCACAUCCAGCUGUUUCCUUAUAGGUUGUUUUGAAUACUUUUUUGUUUUUUCUUUAAACCUUUUUUUUUUUUUAUGAUGUUUUGUUGUUAUUAUUAUUAGGGUGGGGUGGGGGUGGGGGGGGGGGGCACAACAUGUUUCUACUCAUGUUCACACAUUCAGUUACAAAGAGCUGUUUUGAAAGAGCUGCUGCUUAUAUGGGCGACAGAUUCCAGAGGCUGAUCUAAAGAUGUUAAAAGACCAACAAUGACAACAAAGGGUCGCGUUGUGUUCAUUGGAUCCGUGGAACAAAACAUGUUUGUUGCUUUGUCUUGGGGUCUAGACAAACUCACAGCAGCAUUUCCUCCGUAGUUAGCUACGGUGCGCGACAAAUGUAAAGGGGCCGCCGUGAUUAUACUUGAGAUUUCUGUGUAAUGCCUGAGACUGAGAAGUAAUACUGUCUUGUUGAGGUUUAUGCUGCUAGUGGUGUCUGAAACCAAGUGCCAUAGUAUCUGGGUCAAGAGUUGCAGAGGUGCAUCCAAUUUGCUCGAUUGCUCAUAUAAGUAACCACCAUGUUGAACAGUCAUUAAGUUAUAAGAAAAAGUUCUAAUUUAUGAAGAUUUUUGUACAGACAGCUUGAGGAAAAAAAAAAGAGAUUUUCAUAGAGUUAUAUGAAAGUUUAUUGUUUUUAUUUUUUUUUACUUGUACCACACAAUUGCCAGUGGUAACUUGUAUAGUUUAAGGAAUCUUUCCUCUGUAUGUUUGUUUUGUAGUGUUUGUUAAAGCCAAAGACUUUCAGUAGAUUGUUGCCUAAGGUUUAUUCUUUUCAUUUCUUUUGACAUUUUUGAAUAAAAAUUUUCAACUUUUAA